GCCAAAUCAAAUAAGUGGUUUGUUGAGCUCGAUUUGUGAGUCAGACAGUAUAAGUAGCAAACGAAACGACCUUAUUUGGCCCUACUUUGCCUCAAGAAUUUAUACUGUGACCACUGCCACACCAUUCCAAAAAAGAAAUUAGUGGACUUUGUGCCCAUCUUGAGAUAUCAAUAUUCCCUUUGCAGAACAGCCCAUCAAAAGUUCCCCUCUAUUAAUACCACCCACAAACUCCCAUUCCCAGGGUAGGACUUCCAAGUCCCAGAACUCAUAGCUUUCCUUCAAAAACACCUGCAAAAUAUCAACACCUUGAGCUGCAAACCUCUGCUUGAAGCUCUUUUCAUCCCCAAAAAUGGCGUCCAGGAGAAUAGUGAAGGAGCUGAAGGACUUGCAGAGAGACCCUCCAACUUCCUGCAGUGCAGGGCCAGUGGCGCAAGAUAUGUUCCACUGGCAAGCCACCAUAAUCGGGCCAAAUGACAGUCCAUAUUCUGGUGGUGUUUUCCUAGUAUCCAUUCACUUCCCACCAGAUUAUCCAUUCAAACCUCCCAAGGUUGUGGCUUUCAGGACAAAAGUGUUCCACCCUAACAUAAACAGCAAUGGUAACAUCUGCCUGGAUAUACUCAAGGAGCAAUGGAGCCCUGCACUUACCAUCUCCAAGGUUUUGUUGUCGGUCUGCUCGCUGCUAACAGAUCCAAAUCCAGAUGACCCAUUGGUCCCUGAAAUAGCCCAUAUGUGCAAGACGGACAAGAUCAAGUAUGAAGCCACUGCUCGCAGCUGGACCCAAAAAUAUGCCAUGGGAUGAUGGAAUUUCUAUAUGAUUUUGGCUUACCAUUUCCCCACACCUUGUUUUCUAAAUCUACAAUAAUGAACUACUGAUGAUGAUAAUCAUAGAUUCAUAAUCAAGAAGUGUUAGAUAAAUGAGUUGAAGAGGCUAAGAAUUUGCAGACAAUUCUAUUGCAAAAUCUGCUGCAGUUUUUUAUUAUGAGCCAAAUGUUACAUAAAUGACAUUGUUUGAUUACGAUAUGACAUCAAACAAAUUGAACCCAGAAAUCUGAAUAACAAUUAACAAAAGGAUAAGAAUUGGGAGCGACAUUAAUAAGAUAAACUAACUUGCAUUCCACUGUGAUAAUGGUUAAUCCGGUAUAGCCAUGAAUGCCUCUCUCUCUGCCUUCUGUUCCAACUGAUACUGAGAGGUAUCAUCAAUAGCAGCAGGCAAAGCUCGUACCAUCACUAACACGAAAACACCCUUCCUCCCAUCAUCGGCUGAGCCAUAAUCGAUCUGCAAGGCCGCAAACACCACGCCAUCGGCACAGAAGCAUCGUUGAUCUCGAUCUCAGAGGAUGAUGCUCUGCCUUCUUUCCUUCUCACCGAGCACAUCACAAGAUCCGUGGCGACGCUGUCGAAGACGCCGUCGAGGCGGUACUCUGUCAUCGAGAACCCAUCUCCGGUUUCCUUCUUCCUCGCCGCCGCAGAACUCUGGUUGGGACGGUAAGUAAAAGCCCGCUUCGACCCGAUCUGGACGCUCCCGCCGGGGAGAAAAAUGGGGUCGUCCUUGCUCGACCGCCACGUGGCCUGGGAGCCAAUCGUCCUCUCAGCCCUGCCUCCACCGCCGCCGCCGCAGCCCAUUUCCCCCUUCUUCGUCUUUACCUUCCUCAAUCUGGUGAAGAAAUACAAUUCAGAUUCCCCGGUUUCAACGAACAGCUCCUUCCAAGCUUCAUCUUCGCCGUACAGGUCGCAAUCGAUCACCGGAUUUUGGGGCAAAUCCUUGCCCGUUACCUUAUCGAGGAGAUAAGUGAUGAUUUGGUCGUCCUCGGGCUCGAAUCGGACCCCUGGCGCUGUUCCCGUGAUCCUCAUUCUUGCGGCGGCGGUGGCGGCGGAGUAAUCCCCUUGUUUUCUCCUUAGCCUGGUCUCGCUCGCAGAAACCCUAGAUCGGAAGAAGCGUUGCUCCCAAUGUCAUCGCCGAUGGCCAUGAUCGAAAUAUCCGCGUGGAAGGGAAAGGCCGCCGACUCCAAAUUGGAGCUCUGACUGUCUGCCGAUUUUGUUGCAAUUAGGGUUGGAGACGAAGCCUGGGAGGCUUGCCGUUGUGGGGUACUGAUAUAUGUAAGGUUUCGCCGGUGGACGGACUGUUGACUGUUUCCGGCGAGGUAUAGGACGACCCGUUUUCCUUUUCCGUCACCUGCAAGGAAUCUAGAAAAUCCCAAGGGGAGGACCGGUAAAUUGUGAUUACAGGCGGAAAAGAAUCGGUCCAUGGGCUUCAAAGUAGAUAGCUUGGGCUUUUAUUUUCUUUUGUUGUUGGGAUAGCUGGGCUGAAAGCCUGGCACGGUAAAGAAUCAUGAAAAAAUUUCACGAAACUACAGAUAUUGACAAUAAAAUUAGGGCCGCA